UCGUUCUUCUUUUUCGAAAAUCCAACCAACCCCUUCUCUCUCUCUCUCUCUCUCUCUCUCUCUCUCGCUAGAUAUAUAUAUAUAUAUAUAUAUAUAUUCAAAACUGAGGGAGAGCAUCAUCGACUUUCUUGAAUCUUUACAGACUGAUCAAAACCAGAAAGCGCUUAACCCAACUCAGAUUUAUACGCCUCGCACAUCUCCAAAGUGGCCAAUUCUCUCUCUCUCUCUCUCUCUCUCUCUAACACAACGCCAAAUUAAACCCAUCAUUGAAACAUGCUUUCCACUACACCAAAGUCCUCUCUCCUGCUUCACCGGAUCACCGCCGCCUCCGCCACUUGCGGCCAGAAACCGUCCCUCCAACGUCGGGCCCCUCUAGCCGGCGCCGCCCACUUGCCAGACGCAGUUGCCCGCUACCAUACCCACGCCGUCGGUCCCAACCAGUGCUGCUCCGCCGUGAUCCAGGACAUCGCUGCCCCCCCCUCCACCGUCUGGUCGGUCGUCCGACGCUUCGACAACCCCCAGGCCUACAAGCACUUCGUCAAGAGCUGCCACCUCGUCGACGGCGACGGCACCGUCGGCACAGUCCGCGAAGUCCACGUCAUCUCCGGCCUCCCCGCAGCCAACAGCACCGAACGGCUGGAGAUCCUCGACGACGAGCGCCACGUCAUCAGCUUCAGCGUAGUCGGUGGCGACCACCGCUUGGCCAAUUACCGGUCCGUCACCACCCUCCACCCCUCCGUUGACGGCCGCGGCACGGUUGUUGUAGAGUCCUACGUCGUCGACACUCCGCCGGGGAACACCGAGGAGGAGACCUGCGUAUUCGUGGACACCAUCGUCCGGUGCAACCUCCAAUCGCUGGCUCAGAUCGCGGAGAACACGGCCAGACGAAACUCCUCUCAAUGACUCGGUUCACAUCGAUUAACGACACAUUUCGUCAACAAACAAAUAAACAAGCGAACGAACAGCAACCCAUCUGUAUUGGUAACUACACAAUGAUCGAUUUCGUGGCUUUCUGCGUUGUAAAAUCUGUGAUUGAUCGAUGCUGGCUUGAUUUUGGUGGAAAUCUAUAGUUUGAGGAACAUUAUUAUUGCAA